UAUGAAUUUAUAAAUAAUCCCGGUACGCCAGUGGCGGCGGCGGUGCGGUAGACCGCGGACGGCGCGGGCGCGCGAUCCGCAAUGAGCGCCCGCCCUGAUCGACUCUUGCGAUUCGGCUGUAGCUUCUAGCUAAGUCAUAGAAACACCGCGAAGAGUAACAUCUCAAGUCGCGUACGUAACGCGUACGUGGCGAACUCACGAGUGACCGACGCGAGUGCAAAAUGUGGUUUCAAAAGUGACAGUGUUUAAAUAUUUGCCAUCAGCGUCGUCUAUUAACGAUAGAUGACAGUUUGUUGUAAAGCAAGUGCGAAAAUGGUGUUCUGCUAAAUAAAUACUUUUUAUCUUAAACAGUGAUGUUAACCAUUGAUCACGUCUCGUUAUUUCAAAAAAUAAUAAAGCAAUAGAGUUCUGUGCCGAUUCUUCCAGUGCCAGCAAGUCUAGACAUGUUUUUGUCAAAGUGUUUUGUGAUAUAACGAGUGCCCAAAUAACACGUCAAAAUGAUGCAAGGUUUAUUGGAUUCGCUGUACAAAAUUUACACAGAUUGGCGCGCACCGAUGGCAGACGAAUCGGAAGCGGCGAGGGCACGGCGCGCGCCGGCGCCCCCGCCGCGGCAAACCGUGCGCCCUCCAGAGCCGCGCCCGCGCAUGCAUUCCGACCCGCGCAUACAACCGGGCCCGCGGCUACAGCCCGACUUACGGCUUCAACCGGAACCGCAGUUACAACCCGACCCGCGCGUCUAUCCAGAGCCUCGGCUGCAGCCCGACCCGUUGCGGCUGCCGGCUCCCCCGCGAUUAAUCCGGCCGUCAGAACACCUGGCUAUCGUUGAACGGGCCAUGGAGCGCCGGCCGCCGCCCCUCGUGCCGGCUGUGACCGUGUUGCACGGCCCGCGACCUCCGGCGCCGCCGCCGCAGCCGCAGCCACCGGCCUUCAGGCAUGUAGCUCCUCCUCCGAUGAGGAUGCCAGCCCCAGCACCGCCAGCUAUGAGGCCACCACCUAGGAGAGAUGUUCAGCCCCAGCCGAUCCCGCAAGCGCCACUGGCGCUGCCGCCGCCGACCGCCGCGCCAGCGCCCGCCGCCGCUCACGUGUCAGCGCCGCGCACCAUCGUCAUCCAGCGGCCCGACGCGAGGCACGGCUUCGGCUUCACGCUGAGACAUCUGGUAGUCUAUCCGCCGGACUCGUUACAGGAUCUAUACGAAGAUGCGCGCCACCUGGCGGUGGGCGCGGUGGGUGCGCCAAUGGACACGAUCUUCGUAAGGUCCGUGCGUCCGGGCGGGCCGGCAGCUGCGGCCGGACUGAGAGCCGGUGACCGGGUGCUAGCCGUCAACGGCGAGCCGGUCGCCUGCGGCCGCUCCCGGGCGCCGUACGCAAGAGUCGUGCAGUUGGCCCAACGGGAGCCUAGGAUACUGAGGCUCACUGUCGUGCCAAGGGACCACGAUUUGUUGCAAAGGUAUUUCAGCGAGGCAGCUUACAACCCUGAGACAAAUCAGCGUCCGCUAGACAUGCCGGCGCCAGUAACAGAACACGAGUCGCGGCUGUUCGACGCGUACCGGAGGCCCAGGGCGGCGCUGCCGGCCCCGCAGGCGCCCGCGAGGCACCGCGAGGACCCGGAGUACGCCAGCGUGGCGUCCCUGGCGCCCUCGCGGUAUGACGCCACGCGUCUGCCAGCCCCGCCACACUAUCUAAUGCAUGAUGGCAGACGGGAAUCAGACACUUCACUGCCGUCCUCGGCGACAGAAAGCAAGGACAGCCUCGGAUCCUUCGACUCGAACUCAACCCUGACCGGGCGAGAGCUGGACGACUCGAUAAUCUUAUCGCGAAUACGAAAAAGCCUCGAACAGAAGGAGGCCUUCCUCCGAAGGCCGAGCCAGCCCACCGGCUGGGUUACCCCAGACGCCCCACCUCCUAUUAAGCAGAAAGAGUUCUAUGCCAGGCCUCAGAAGCUACAGAAGCCCGCGUGGCCCCCACCUGCUGUCCCGCCCCUUGCCGCGUCACCACCCCCUCAGCCCCCACCACAAAACCAGGAAAGAAAAGAAGAAUGUUCAGCGAGUGUCGACAGCGGCACUUUCAGCGGUUAUGGUGAAGUGAACGGAGCUCAAAACGAUAAGAAUAGACAGAAGCAGGAUAAGAGUCAGUUCGUGUCGACCCUCUCGAAGAUACAGGAGACUGCGCCCAGCAUUCAGAGCACGCAUGUGGGGACGGUCAGUAACGGAGCGACGGAGAUUAAGGAUGAUGCUAAUCAAGAUAACAAAUACCCCGGCGAGCUGCAGUUAGUGACGGCCCGCACGCGGCAGCUGGAGGCGGCGCAGGGCGGCGGCGCGCGGCGCACGGAGACAGCCCGCAGCGAGCUGGCGCGGCUCAGCACCACGCGCCUCGAGCCCAGCGUGGCGCUGCGCCGCAAGGAGUUCGAGACCCGCGCCGCCAGGAGGGAGGCCAGGUCGCUGGAUGUGCAGCCUCAGGAGUUGGAGCAUGAGUCACCGCUGGGCGGCAGCUUGUCGGGCAACCAGCUGAUGAUCACCGGCAGCAAGCACUUACAUUGCCCUCCGCCAGAUGGAUAUGUGCCCGAAACAGAAAAGGUUCAAAUGCGAACAAGGUCAAACAGUACCGGAAGUGAUGGAUUACCUAUUAGAAGACAUCAUGCCACAGAUGGCAGUCACGCGAAGCGACGAAUGGGCCUGAACAAGGAACAGAUGGAGGCGAUGAACCGCGUGUCGCUGGGAUCGGCCGAGGCGCGGCGCCCCACGCAGCUCAGCCUGGCGCCGCCGCUUGAGUCCUCGGCCUCGGCCUCGGCCGCCACCUCGCCGUCGCCGACGCCGAGUACGCCCGCCGACUCAGGUUUUGCCGAUGAUUUGGUGACAAGAAGACAAAAGAAAGAUGCUCAACUCGGUGAAGAAGAACGUGCCAUGCGAAGGGUUUCAUACUUGAAAGCUACAUGGGGUGAUCGACUGCACCUAGACAGUGAUGUUGAACCGGACAACGAUCCACAAGGCCUUCGAGGACUGCGAAAGUGGCGCCCCCCUCGGUUCACGGAUGACAUAACUCCGCUCCUGAGAAUAUUCGACCCACAAGCCGUCCUUCCUACGCGCUCAACGAAGAAAGGCGAAGAAGAGAUAACAGACAGUGCUGUGGAAGCCACGGAAGGCGACGUUCAAGGCAACGUGCAGAUCAAAAUGGUUGUCAGCAAUGGGAAGCGUGCGAGCGACAGAUCAUGGAAGCAAGUAUGGGGUGUGCUGCACGGGACCAAGCUAUACCUGUAUAGACAUCAUCCCAGUCAGAGCCCCGGCGCGGUUAGCGGCGGCGGUGCGGAGGCACAGCCAGGGUCCAGAGACGCCCUGGAUGUGCGCUACUCCCUCGCAGCGCUCGCUGACGACUACACCAAGAGGAAACAUGUGGUGCGCGUCACCACUGCGGCGGGCGCAGAGUUGUUACUACAGGCUGAAGGUGCAGCGGAUGCCCAGCGCUGGCUGGCUGCUCUCCGGCGCCACUCGGCCGAGCCGCCGCCGGCUGAGCCGACUCAGACACAGGCUGCGCCCGCGGCCCCCGCGCCUCUGCCGGCGCCUGACUGCCCCUCCCCGCUCCCGCCGCAGCGCAGCAAGAAGAUCGGCAGGAAUAGGUCUCCUACUGGCCCACCGACCCCAACCCUGCCCUCGUCUCCCAAAAACAAGACCUGGAAGGGUCGCAUGGCGAAGCAGCUGCGUCGCAUGCACGGAGGCGCGGCGGCGGCUGCAGCACCCGCGGCUGGCUGGCUCGGGGCACCACUCGAGCGGUGCCCGCAUGAUCCCGAACAUCCCCUCGUGCCUAGAGCUGUGACUUUACCUGCACAUGCCGUUGAGGCAUACGGUCUUCGCACAGUGGGCGUAUACAGAGUGCCCGGCAAUGCGGCCGGCGUGGCAGCCUUAGCAGCCGCCCUCGACCGUGGCGAGCCUCCACCCGCGGCCGACGCGCGGUGGGCAGAUGUGCACGUCGCCUCAAGUCUACUGAAGGCGUAUCUAAGGAGGUUGCCUGAUCCCUUGCUUACGGCUGACCUGUAUCCUGCUUUUAUUGCUGCCGAUCGGUCACCAGAAAGAGCACGGGAGCUGCGUCGUCUAGUCCGUGCAUUGCCCGACGCACACUACGAAACACUCAAGUACCUGAUCCAACAUUUGCGGCGAGUGGUAGCACACUCCGCCUACAAUAAGAUGGAGGCCAGAAACUUGGCCAUUGUGUUUGGCCCAACGUUGGUCCGGGCGGCCAGCGACGACAUGCUGGCCAUGGUCAAUGAUAUGUCCAGCCAGUGUCGCAUCAUUGAGUCCUUCCUCACACAUUACGAAUGGUAUUUCGAAGAAGAGGAGGGUGACCCUCCAAUGGACCCCCCCACAAGCGCGGAGGAGUUGUCACCCGCGCCUGCACCCUCACGAGACCUCCUCAUACACAACGUUAAGAAGAUUGAAGGUAAGGACGUGUCGACGCGGGACAUUGUGUCGUCGAUAAUUUCUGCGGCGAACCGCAAGAUCCAGCGCAAGCCGCGCUCGAAGCCAGACAAGAAGGACGAGAAGGCGACGUCCCCGGGCGGCUCGCCCCCCGCCUCGCCCCUCGCCUCGCCGCCCCACCACCUCACCACCUCGCUAGCCGAGUACGACGGGCUCAACCACAAGUACAGCCGGACGCAGGAUGCCAACAAAAUUGAACUGGAGUCAAUGCAAGCGCUGGGCCGCGGUCGUCAGGAACUCUCGCGGCAUACUCACGCGCUCACCAACUUCUCAAUAGAUGGAACCGGUGACUUGGUGUCGUCUCUGACCAGCACGUUUGACCAGAAGCUGCGCACGCUGAACAACUCGUCUCCGCUCGACGACGGCAGCAUCCCGUACGCGGACGAGUGCCAAGACGAGACCGAGGAGGGCAAGUCCACCGCCAGCUCGCCCUCCGACGGCAACAGCGAGCGCGAGGAGCGACUGUCCCCCGCCGCGCGAGCGCACGAAUUGAAGGCAGCGUGGCUCGCGCGAGACCUGCGCCACUCCUCCUCCUCCUCCGACGAGCCCGCCUGGCCGCGCCGCCGCGACGACACCGACGACUCCGAGAAGGAGAACUGUCCGCGCGACCCGCCCGCCGCGCCCGCGCCCGAACCCGCGCCGCUACAAGCCGGCCCGCGGGACUACAAGCGCAACAGUGCCGCGCUCGACUCCGCACCGCCCGCCGCUGCAGAGGAGGACGGCGCCAAGCUCAAGCGCUCCGAGUCGCUGUCGCGAGAGCCGGAGCGCGGGCGCGUGCUGCGCUCGGAGUCGCUGAACUGCCGCGCGGAGCGGCCGCAGCGCUCGGACUCGCUGGGCAAGGCGGAGCGGCGCGAGCUGCCGACGCUGCGGCGCCGCGACGCGGGCGCGUGGCGCUCCACCAAGCUGAAGCGCAAGAACGGCAUGCCGGAGCGCGGCAUCAAGCGGCGGCACACGGUGGGCGGCACGAAGGACUUCGACAAGGACGGGUGGUCGGCGCGGCACACGCGCACGUCGUCGCCGGACCUGUCGUCAGACGCGGGCGUGUGGCCGGCGCCGCUCGUGCCGCCGCCGCGCCCGCCGCUGGAGUCGCACGUGUGACGGCACACCGCCUCGCUGUAGGCGACGCGGGGACUGCGCUGUGGCGGACCCGCCGCGGCCCGCUCCGACAUGAACGACUAUGAAAGUACACGUCUCUUUAGUUAACGACCCUUCCCGGUGCCUAUUUGUUCGAGUGGUGCUGUUUGAUAUAGUUUUCUUUUGUGCUGACGCAGAACGAACCUUCUUAUGAAUUAGUUUGAAUUAUAGCAAAACGAAUAUAGUAUUCUAUUCUAAAUCGUCUAACAGAAGUCUGAUUUACAUUUAUCCAUUACCACGUCGAUACUAACAGUUCGAAACUUCAUUUCGAGAGAGGCUAUUAUUUGAUUCGAUUCAAUUGACUGAAUAGAUUAGGUCACAAUAAAUAUCUAUCUACAUUGUAUUGUAUAAUAUUACGAAUGAUUAUAAUACUCAAAGUCGUUUACUACAUCAAAGCAUGUUGAGAAUUGAAAAUUCCAUGCGUAUUACAAUAUUAAACAAUGUUAUUAUUUCUAACUGAGGCGUAGGUUAUAGCAAUUAUAUUAUAUCUAUUAUAAAUAAAUACAAAACAAAAGUGAUUCAAAUGAAAUUUAUGAAUUCAGUAGUGCAAUACAUUUUAAAAGCGUGGACUAGAUGGAAACAAUCGGUAAUACAUAAAUUAGAACGUAGUGGAAGUUGUAACGAACUUAGCUCACUAAACUAUAAUGCCAAAGAAUGAUAUGAAACUGACGUAGAAACAGUACGCAUGCGCGGCGCGUAUCAGAGUGACGGAACGAAUCGUGAAUGGAAUGCAAGGAGUAAGAUGUUGUCGUGAACAACGAUACACUGACCAUAUCAAGGAAACGUGUCGCACUUUCCUCUAUGAACAUUUACCGUACUGGUACCGAACAGUGUACCAGUACCGCGACACCCCUUCCGCAUGGCUACAUUAUUUGUUUGUAGCGCGACUCCCUUUGUAGAGCAACUACUACUAUAUACGGAGUUGCGGUGGAACUGUGACUUUAUAGAGUGCAAAACAAAUGCAUAAUACAUUAAAUUAGUGCUACUAGUAUGUAGUUAGAGCAGACUAUGAAAGUUUAUUAGCUAUGGUGCCCGCGAGGUGCGGGCGUAAUGUUUAACUCGUAUGAUAAGUGAUCGGAGGUACCCGUGGGUACUCGACAUUCUGACCACACUACUGUAACACCACUUAGCUGUAAGAUAUAUGCGUAAGAUUUAUUAUUAGCUCUCCUGGAGUUCGUAAUAGUGAUUAUUGAAUGGAUUUAUGAAAAUAAAAUGCAUACAUCACCUACUUGCCUUCGCAAUAGUUUUAGCUGAUUCGAGUUUUAUGCACAAUUCUCAAUUUUAAUAUUAUAGAUAACUUCUACGAAUUAAAGUUACCUUAUGUCACCUUUUGACAACAAAACUAUGUGUGAGUACGAUGAUGAUUAAUUAGAUUAUAUUGUCAGAACUUUGUAGAUUGUAAACGCUUUUAUUUCAUUUACAAAAUAUGAAUGAGGUGUUUAAAUUGUAAAUAAUGAAUGCAAUACCUAAUGAUGUAUAAUGUUAAAGAUAUUCACUAUAAUGGUAACAAUAGUAAUAUGUAGGUGUAUGCCUGCGAGUUAACUACGCGACUAACAGACGUCAACACUACAUUACAGUGAUAAUAAUAAAGUGAUCCCUCUUAGCUUUGUAAAAAUUGUACAUUUCUUUUAUGAUUAAUUUAUAUUAAAUUUGUUAUCGUAGCUUUGUUGAAUGCAAUUAUUUUUUAUUGUUUUGUUUAUCAAAGAAGUAUUUUAGGCUAAAUUCAAUUGUUAUUUAUUUGUGAGAGAUGUAAAACGUGAUUCGGCACAAUUUUAUUUUGGAAACAAAAAUGUAAUUACUAUUGUAAAUAUUUUCGUCAGCAAAAUAAUGUUUUAGACUCCCGUUCUUUAACUUUUAAAAAUUUUAUACCAUCUUUUACGUUAAGACGAUCUCAAGUUUGUUGAAUGUUUGCAAAGCGUUCCUUUUAAAGUUUUAUUUGUAAAUAUAUCAUUUAAUGUAGGAACAGUGAAUUUACUAAUUUUACUGAAUCAUAUUGUACGUAGACGGUAGGUGGCAGUAGUGAGCUGCUCGUUUCACAAAAGACAUGUUUCAGCCGAGAGCUCACCAGUGUCUGCUUGCAACAGAUUUGUAUUCAAAUAAUCUAUUCAUGUUCUUCGUGUAAUCAGCUAUAAAAUUCAAAUAAACACCUUAAAGACAUUUGCAAAUAUGGAUGAAUCCACAUUUUCAAUAUUUGUCAUUGUGUAUAUUUUGGAGCAAUGAAAAUAAAAUAUUGAAUCAAUUUA